AUGUUUCGCACGCUGUUUGUUCUGCUUUUUGUUGUUCGCUCUGCUUGUGCAGACGGACCAGACCUGAGCUGCAAUUUGCAGAAGAGGCCACCCGCGCUCCUGCGACUGGACACGGAGAAGCCUUCGCUUGAAGAACCUCCUGCAACUGAGCUCGCAGGGCCUGAGUCGCGGCCUGAGGAGGGACCCUGGUCCACGCCGGGCGUGCGCUUCCAGCAAUGUGGCCGGACCAAGCACAAGAGGCCAGCGCAGCUGGCGACUUUGCUCCAAGCUGUGGCACUCGACCGUGGCCACGAGAAGCCUUUGCCUGACCGGGUCAAGUGCCCGACAGGCCAGAUGUUGAUUGGCAACUUUGUGGGCAACGAGUACAGCUUCACGUGUUGUGAUGCCGGCCAACAGUGCGGAGGGUGUCGCAAGAUUACAAAUGGCACCUGCCAGGAAUGCGCUGCCGGCUACGUCCACCAACAGAUCCCGCUUUUGAAUGUAACGAAGUGCUUCUUGUGUGACGAUGUGCCUGGAUGGCAAGACUCCCACGGUCUUGGGUGUCGGGACUAUGCAUCCAAAGGUUUCUGCCAUGGCUUUGUAGAGGCUGGCCACGAUGAGCCCUUUCAUGGAGUGCGCCCCAGUGAAGCCUGCUGCGUGUGCGGCGGGGGCAGCGUGCAACCCACACCCACUUCCAUGCCCUUCGCCCAAAAAUCACUGGUGUAUGGGGAUGUCGUCGAUGAGUUCCCGGAGCCCCAAACCCUAGGAAGCCAGAUCAGUAGCUGCAAUCUUGCGGAGUGGGGGCUGCAUCUCUCCGGGUCCCCGGGGAGGAUUCAAGGCAACGUAUCAUCUCCCGGCGACGGCAGCACCACGGAGAUCAAGUGCUCCAUGGUGCUGCUGCAAGAUCCCAUUCGCGGAGUCUCUGCGACAGUUAGCCUCAAGAUUCCGGUGGCCUCGUUCUCUUACGGGCAGCAGCUCCUGCUCUUCAAGUACUGGGGUUUGGAUCCGGAGUCGGCGACGAAGCCUUUCCAUCUCCACCAACAGGUGCUACCGCAGGGCCAGUUUUUGGAGAAUUUCCAGCUGCACUGCAACUGCCCGUGGCUUCGGAUGCUGCCGAACAGCACGCUCGUGGCCGGACAGCUCCCGACGCCUCCGAAGGUGGAGGGGCCUUCGCUGUAUGGCUCGGGGGUAUCCUCCUGCGCGUGCCAGGUUUCAGCAGAGAAGGUCCACUACCGAGGCCGCGGCAGGCAGCGGCAGGUGGACGGCCAGGAAUCCACCAGCUUCACCGUGGCCCAGGCCAGGGGAAGUGGGGAGUGGGGAGAAGGUCUCAAGCUCAAGACGGCGGCCACCUCAGAUUUGCGAAGACUUUUUGGAGUUUAG